AUGCAACCACCAAUUCCCUCACACCCUGCUCUACCUCCUGUUGCCCCUCCAACUGUCCAGACUGCUGAGGUGUCCAAUGUCCCAAUCCAACAAAGGGCAGUUAUUGGGACUUUGACCAGACUUUUCAAUGAGACAUCGGAAGCAUUAGGAGGGGCGAACGCGGUUCCAACAAAGGCCAGUGGUGACUUUGCUACUGCCCUCAAGAUUCAGGUGGAUCUUACGACUAGUGACUGGGAUGAGUAUAGCUUCUGGAAGUUGGUGGUCAAGCAAAUUGAAGCUUCAGACCUAGAAGAUGAUAAACUUCAUGAUGAUAUUAAAGCUGCAGAAAAGCAUACAGCUCUUCAUUCAGCCCUAUCAGAACUUGCAGGUGAUUUUGAUGGGGAAUCUAUGUUGUUCUUGCAGCGAUUUUUUCGCACAAGAGUGAAACCUGUAGUAUCCAUAGGCUCCUUGAAGCUUGAUCUUGCUCUUGGAAUUGGAGGAUUACCAAAGGGAAGAAUUGUUGAGCUUGGAGGUUAUUAUGCUUACUUGGAUGUGGAGAAUGCACUAGACCCACUGCUGCUUGAAACAGUUGGUGUAAAUACCAAAAGUCUUCUCAUCUCACAGCCAAAUUCUGCUGAAAAUUUGCUGAGUACUGUUGACACUCUCACACAGAGUGGAGUAGUUGAUGUGAUUGUCAUCGACAGUGUUGAUGCACUCAUCCCACAACGUGAAAUUACAGGUGUAAUAAGUGACAAUAUCAUUGAGACACAAUCACGAAUAAUGACACGAGCACUUCGCAAGAUUCUUUAUUCUUUAUGUCGUUCAGAGACUCUUAUUAUAUUUAUAAAUCAGGUGAGAUAA